CGACGACGAAGAAGAAAUCUGCCAUAAAAGAGUCCGUCGCUAAUGUAUCGUUGUUUACUCGCAGUGUCCUGCGACAUCUUCGCGCUAGGUUGAAUAUGUUCCUAUUUUGGAAAGCACUGUCACUUUAAACAAAAAAAUGGCCACAUUCGGACUCAAUAGCUACGUUACCGUGAAAUCACAAUAGGUGACUCGAAGUAUACGUUGACAAAUUGAGGUUAGCUAUGAUUCCUGCCUUCUCAGUCGGCCACUAGACGUCAACCCAAGGUGUCAAAAGAUUUCAAAAUGAAAUUCACGGAGCAUCUUUCCGCUCACAUCACCCCGGAAUGGAGAAAACAGUAUAUUCAGUACGAGGCCUUCAAAGAGAUGUUAUAUGCUGCCCAGGACCAGGCCCCAUCCAUUGAUGUGACAGACGAGGACACCGUUAAACGUUACUACGCAAAGUUUGAAGAGAAGUUCUUCCAGACGUGUGAAAAGGAACUGGCCAAGAUUAAUACGUUUUAUUCCGAAAAGCUGGCUGAAGCUCAGCGAAGGUUCGCCACCUUACAGAACGAAUUGCAGUCGUCGUUGGACGCUCAGAGGGAGAUUGCCACGAAUGGGGGGGGCCUGCGGAGGAGGAAAACUGUUUUUACGCUAUCGCAGCAAGAACGAUGCAAACACAGAAAUAUCAAAGAUCUUCAGCUGGCCUUUUCUGAGUUCUACCUCAGCCUGAUCCUUUUGCAGAACUACCAGAACCUGAAUUUUACAGGUUUCCGAAAGAUCUUAAAGAAGCAUGAUAAGAUUUUGGAUACAUCGCGGGGCGCUUACUGGAGAGUUGCUCACGUGGAAGUGGCGCCGUUCUACACUUGCAAGAAAAUUACACAGCUCAUAUCUGAAACUGAGGCAUUGGUCACAACGGAGUUGGAAGGGGGUGACCGGCAAAAGGCAAUGAAGAGACUGAGGGUUCCUCCUUUAGGAGCUGCACAGCCGGCUCCUGCUUGGACUACUUUUAGAGUUGGACUUUACUGUGGAGUAUUCCUUGUCUUAAUGGUCACAGUUAUUAUUACAGGAGCCGUCAUGUUUCCUAUCGCUGACGUUUGGCCAAUGAUCAGGAUCUAUAGGGGAGGCUUCCUGUUAAUAGAAUUCCUCUUCCUCUUAGGGAUUAAUACCUACGGAUGGAGGCAAGCAGGAGUCAACCAUGUGCUUAUAUUUGAACUCAAUCCCAGAAAUAAUCUCUCCCAUCAACAUCUGUUUGAGAUUGCCGGACUUUUGGGGGUGCUAUGGUGCGUCAGCCUGCUCUCAUGUCUAUUUAGCGACAGCAUUCCAGUUCCCAUGCAAGCUAAUCCUUUGGCUCUUUACGGAUUCUUCAUCGUCUUCCUCAUCAACCCAUUCAAGACCUGCUAUUACAAGUCACGCUUCUGGCUUCUCAAACUUCUGUUUCGCGUAAUGACAGCGCCAUUCCAUCGCGUUGGCUUUGCAGACUUCUGGUUGGCCGAUCAGUUGAACUCUUUGGGAAUUGUUCUGUUAGAUGUGGAGUACAUGAUCUGUUUUUACAGUUUUGAACUUGACUGGAAAAAACACGAUGGACUCAUCAGCAGCGAAGGUAACGAUGUGUGUAAUACCUACUCCUAUGGCGUCCGCGCAGUGAUUCACUGUCUUCCUGCUUGGUUCAGAUUCAUCCAGUGUCUGCGUCGUUACCGGGACACGAAAAGGGCCUUCCCUCACCUGGCUAACGCUGGGAAAUACUCCACUACGUUCUUUGUAGUAACUUUCGCUGCUCUCUACAGCACACAUAAAGCUCAAUCGUACGAAGAUGCCAAGAUCUUCCUGUACUUGCAUGUCACAUGUUUGGUGGUCAGCUCUUGUUACACGCUAGUCUGGGAUUUAAAGAUGGACUGGGGCCUUUUUGACCGCAAUGCUGGAGAAAAUACAUUUUUGAGGGAGGAGAUAGUCUACCCACACAAGGCCUAUUACUACAGUGCCAUAGUGGAGGAUGUGCUGUUGAGAUUUUCCUGGAUUCUAACAGUCACCCUCAGCACGUUCACCGUUGUUCCCGGAAUCUCGGACAUACUGGCGACCGCGCUGGCCCCAAUGGAGGUCUUUAGGCGUUUUGUAUGGAACUUUUUCCGACUGGAGAACGAACAUCUGAACAACUGCGGUGAGUUCAGAGCAGUCCGAGACAUUAGCGUGGCUCCCUUAAAUGCGGACGACCAAACGCUGCUGGAGCAGAUGAUGGAUCAAGAGGACGGGGUCAGGAACCGACAAGGCAAAAAGAGCUGGAAACGCAGCUACAGUAUGAGUCUACGCAGGCCGAGACUUGCUUCACAAUCCAAGAGCCGUGACACCAAGGUUUUAAUAGACGAUACAGAUGACGACUCCUGACAUCAGGCCACGCCCCUUGCCUGGGUCCAGAAUUUAUUCAAGGGAGGAAACGCUUCUUCCUAACCAAGGAAUUACCCGGCAAGUUGGGCGUCGAACUCGCUUGAGUUCCAAACUCUGAUGCCUAGGAAACUUUUUAGCGCGUCAACUUCUGCACACGUUGGGCGCUAUUUGAAAAGAGUGAGCAGAACUGAGACUGCAAGAAAAGCUAUCACGGGAUGCUUUGACCUGCAAUUUAACUUCACUUUAGGAUCUUACCUCACCCUACCAGUGAGCGGAACUCCAUUCUCUGUGUCACGAUGUGUUCAAUGACAUCCACUCCUCAACAUUCGUCAGCGCCAAUCCUCCGGGGUAGCAUGAACAAUCCAGCUUUUUUUAUUUUUUGGGAACUCGACAAAGCACUCCACUCGGACGCUCCUCUAGUAUGUAAGUAAAUCUGUGCCACCGGGGUUUGAAUUUAAAUUUAUAACACCGAUUUUUUUUCUGCAUCAGAAUUCCAACACUUUUUCAGUGUCAAAAUUCAGCCUAAAAAACAAAAAAAGAGUUUAAAAAAAUCAGUUGUAAAAUAAUUCAGUUGCAAGAAUUCUAAGGCUUUAGACUUUUAAUGCUUUAGUCAUAAUUAAUUACAAAAAACACGUUAAAAAAACAAACACAUAUUUUAAUCACAGUUUACGUUUCAAGCAAUGCGGAACCUUUGUCAAUAUUUGCACUGUUCCUGCUGCACUGAUGACCAUGCCGGACAUCUAAAUAUGUGGGCAAUUUUAUGGAUAUAUUUAAAAGAAACUCAAAAUGAUUGUUACACUCCAGUUGAGGUUAACUGUUACAUUAAACACACAUGACGAAGAAUAUUACAUAUACUGAGGGUCAAAAUGCAAAAUAUUUAGUUUUCUCCGUCAGCUUAAUGCUAAUAUACAAUGGAAUACGGACAAAAUAUUUAGUUUUGCCUGUUAGCUUAACGCUAUUAUAAUAUGCAAUAUGGACAUGGAAUGCGGACAAAGUAUUUACGGUAGUUUUGCCUGUUCGUUUAAAGCUAACUUACAAUGGAAUAUGGACUUAGAAUGCGGACCAAAUAUUUUGUGUUACCCUAUAGCUUAAUGCUAAUAUACAGUGGAAAAUGGAGUUGGAAUAUGGACAAAAUAUUUAGUUUUGCCUGUUAGCUUGAUGUUACUAUACAAUGGAAUGUGUACUUGGAAUAUGGACAAAAUAUUUAGUAUUUACUGUUAGCUUUAUGCUAAUGUACUGUACAAUGGAAUGUGUACUUGGAAUACGGACAAAAUAUUUAGUUUUCCCUGUUAGCUUAAUGCUAAUAUAUAAGGAAAUAUGGUCUUGGAAUACGGACAAAAUAUUUAGUUUUCCCGUUUGCUUAAUGUUAAUAUGCAAUUGAAUAUAGACUUGGAAUAUGGACAAAAUAAUUGGUUUUGCCCGUUAGCUUAAUGCAAAUAUAGUACAAUGGAAUAUGGACUUGGAAUAUGGACAAAUAUUUAGUUUUGCCCAUUAGCUUGAUGCUACUAUACAAUGGAAUAUGGACAAAAUGAUUAGUUUUGCGGUUAGCUUAAUGCUAAUAUAGUACAAUGUAAUAUGGACUUGGAAUACAGACAAAAUGUUUAGUUUUACCAUAUAGCCUAAUGCUAAUAUACAGUGGAAUAUGCACUUGGAAUCCAGACAAAUAUUUAGUUUUGCCUGUUUGCUUGAUGCUAUUAUACUGGACUGUCUCAGAAAAUUAGAAUACACAAUAUUCUAAUUUUCUGAGACAGUCCUGUAUAUUGUUCUAUGUAAAGGACGUCAGCCAAGGUCGUCCCCCCACAUUUUUACCACGCCAAAUCUGGUCCCCUUUGCAAAAAGUUUGGACACCCCUGCUUUAAAUGGUGGAUUAAUGUACAGGACUGUCUCAGAAAAUUAGAAUAUUGUGUAUUCUAAUUUUCUGAGACAGUCCAGUACAAUAGAAUGUGUUCUUAGAAUAUGGACAAAAUAUUUAGUUUUGACUGUUAGCUUGACGGUAAUAUACAAUGGAAUAUGGACUUGGAAUACAGACAAAAUAUUUAGUUUUCCAUGUUAGCUUAAUGCUAAUAUACAAGGCAAUAUGGACUUGAAUGCGGACAAAAUAGUUUUGCCUGUUAGCUAAAUCCUGAUAUACAACAGAAUAUGGACAAAAUAAUUAGUUUUGCUGUUCAAAAUAAUUAGUUUUGCCUGUUAGCUUAUAUAGUACCAUGGAAUAUAGACUAGGAAUAUGGACAAAAUAUUUAGUGUUCCCCAUUAGCUUAAUGCUAAAAAAACAGUGGAAAAUGGACUUUGAAUACGGACAAAAUGUUUAGUUUUGCCUUUUAGCUUGAUGCUAAUGUACAAUGCAAUGUGUACUUGGAAUAUGAAAAAAAAAAUUAUAUUGACUGGUAGCUUGAUGCUAAUAUACAAUGGAAUAUGGACAAAGUAUUUAGUUUUGCCUGUUGGCUUAAUGCUCAUAUAGUUCAAUGGAAUAUAGACUUGGAAUAUGGACAAAAUAUUUAAUUUUGUCCAUUAGCUUAAUGUUAAUAUACAAUAGUAUAAGCCAUUCAAGUGAUAAAGUAAAUUAGCAUCGAUUUGCCUAAAUAUGAAAACAAACUCCACCAGUUUUUUUUUUUUUUCAUAGACCGGCAUUUGAUCUUUGUACAACACUAUCAUAAUAUUAAAAAUCAAUCUUUUUUGUUUGUUUUUAACAAGUGGUAUGGGAGGGGGGAAAAAUGUCAGUCUUUUCAAAAUUGAUUAGGCGUACUUUCUAUACUGUUAACAAUAUUCGGGCCUGUGUAUAUGUCGUUCAACAGGAUCUAUUUUUAAGAUAUUUAUAUAUUUCAGGACAAAUAGUUUUGUGCGAUCAAAAAUUUAAUUAAUCAAUUACAAAGUCGCUAGUUAAUUAGAUGAAUUUAAUCGAGUCCUCCGCAAAAAAAUUCAGUUGCAUUCCAUCCUCGCAAGGUUCUUUGACCAACUCUAAAGCAACACUUGGAAACUUUUCGACCAAAACUCUUCAGUUUUGUUCGAUUUUUAGCCACGCCGAUGGACAAAAGCGGUAGUGUUUUGCCCUAAGGAAGAUUGCAUUUCCGAUGAUAACCAGCACUGUGUUUCCCAUGAGCACCAGCCCAUACCCGCACAAUGUCAUAAAAUCAUGAUCCAGCUGCUUUGUGAAGGAUGCGUAUUGAGUAAUAAAGUAAUUAAUAGGGGUGCACGAUAUCCAUUUUUUGAAACUGAUACCGAUAUCGAUAACUUCCUGCUCCUCAAAGCUGAUAUCGAUAACCGACAAUAAAUAUAUAUUUUUUUCAAUGUAUAACCUGAGUUUUUGAACACCUGGAGGUUAAAAAAAACACAAAAAAACUAGUGGUGGAUUCAACAUAGAUUUGCCUUUGAUCUCACCAGAUUUUUCAUAAUGACAUGAACAAAACAGUGCGUUUCACUUCUGCACUGCCCAACAGCCAGCUAAAAAUGAAUGCACUUCCAUAAACCACAAGGCUUGGUCUUUUCUUGCUUUUAUGGGAAGACACUCGUCUUAAUAAUGUGAAAGUACAACAGAAAAAUACACAUAUUCAAUACUCAAUAUACAACAAACUGCACAAUACACUUAUAUACACAACUAUUAUAUGUAUAGCAUAGCACACUAGCUUGAGCUACUUAAGCAUUGACUGGCUUCUAUAACACAACAACUUUUUAAGUUCUGUACAUAUGACCCUUCACCACAGAAGUAAACAUAUGGUGCUUUUUUCCGAAAUUUCCGGGUUUGCGGUGAGUUAGCAACCAGCACACUUUUGCUCAAUAGACGAUGUUGAUUGAUAGACGAUGUUUAUUGAUGAGAAAAUGCAGAAUAAAUGAGAUUUAUAGAUUGCAAUCCCACAAAGGCAAGCAAAAAACAAGCAAAACACAAGUGGUAAUGAUGACGUUAGAUCUAGUUUGUCAAUCCCAGAAACCUCGCGUUACCGUUACAGCACAAGAAACUGUUCCUUAACAAUGAAAAUCGCUUACCGUUGACAAAUGAGCGGGGAGCCAACGCUCCGGCAAAGGAACAAAGCAAGCGACCCAUACGUAAUCCUCUGGCAGACUUCGGGGGGCGGGGGGGGGGGAAUCCCCCGACUCUUAUAGGCACGUCUGACGCGGGGAAACGGGUGGCCACUCCUCGCCCCCACGAAAACGCACCACCCAAACUCAUGAGAUUCCCCCCCAGUUGAGGCUCCCAGCGGUUAAAAUAGAAUGUUUAUUUAAGUUAUCUCGUGAGAUUCCCUCCUAACUAUGGAACCCAAGGUGAAAAACAAUAACAUGUUGUUUAGGGCUGUCCCAAACGACUAAUUUUCUCCCGAUUAGUCAGCCGACUAUUUUUACGAUUAGUCGACUAAUCUAAUAAUUAAAAAAAAAAAAAAAUUUUUUUUUUUUUCCCCCCCUAAUUUAGCAAUGAAAUUUUUCUUGACGCUUAUCAAUUCACAAAAAACAUAUUGGAACACUUAAAUUAUUUAUUAAAGUACAAAUAAACACGUAAAUAACAAUAAUAAAUCACAAAUAAACAAUGAGUUCAAAUGCUGAUAGAAUUAACUAGUGUAGCAUCCCGAUUGAAAAUAUGGUCUCUUAAACUGAUGGUUUACAACUUUUAUUCCAUCCUUGAUGUAAUCACACUGUAAAAGCUACGGUGCACACAAAUAAAACAACACAAUUAGAACGAAAUUAACGAAAACUUUUCACCUUUUUCCUUUGAAACCUUAUUUAUAUAUCACUGAAUUGCCUUUACCUUAAUUUAUUACCUUAUCAUUGACAAUCUCUCCCUUAAGUGCAAUCACUGUAUAUACUGUAUAUAUUUAUGACCUUUUAACCUUAUAUAAAUUUCUAUACCAUAAAAUAAACCAUAACAUGAAAUAAACCUUUCAGUUAGCAUUAAGAACAAUACUAAUAGCACUUAUAGGCCCAUUGUCAAUGAAACAUUAUUAUUUAGUAAGGCGACAGCACCCUCUGGUGUACAAAAAAUGAAAAAAAAAAAAUUACAAACUGGGUUACGGCGCUUGAGGUGUUUAUUCACGGCCGACGUGCAGCCAAGCUUGGCAUUGAAGAGACAGGACGGAAGAGUGUACGCUCCUUUGUUUCUUUGAAAUAAGUCAAUGUUUUGGACACUCUGGUGUGCUUUUUUGGCUUUGUGCCGCUUUCCCCGCUUGCAUACAGAGCAUCCGACAUUCUGAACUUUCCGCGCAUAUAUUUUUUUAACCCUUCAUUAACCGUCGACGGGAUGUUGUGCUCGUCGACGGAUUUACGUCAUCGAUGACGUCGACUAUGUCGACUAGUCGGGACAGCUCUAAUGUUGUUACAAUCUAGGUCACAGAGGCAAUCAUACAUCACAAAGGCAUAAUGUGCUAAUGUUAAGGCAUCACAUAUUAUUUUCUCCCAUCAGGUGCACAUCCAUAUGUUAUAGUAAACAUAAAAUACUUACAGACAUAUUUCCGAGGCGGAAACGUAAUAGAAAGCAUUCACGAUUGUCAAUGCGACUGCUAGACACCGCAAUGUGUAUGUGAAUGAGCUUGUAAUGUGAACAAAACUACUGUGACAAAAAAUAGAUGCAAUGAAUUAUUCUGACCAGCAGGUGGGAGCAAUGCCCCGCAAAUGGUCAACUGCUUUCCUAUACUAGUGUGUAAAGUCACAGUAAACUUUAAAGCCAGCACAAUACAUAUUAUCGGUCCUAUUAAUAAUGUUAUUGGAUUUCUCGGGAUGACGUCAUAAUUCCUAUUAUCGGACCAAUAAUUAUCGUGCACCAGUAGUAAUUAAUCCAGUUUUGACUAAACAAUAGCAUAUGACGGUUAGCAACCGUGCGGCUUAGUGUGGCAAAAUUUUUGCUUUUUAAAUUUUGCAACUCAAUUUUUUUUUGCGGCUGAAUUUGGAUACGGAAAAUUUUCAGCGUUGGAAUUUCGAUGCCCUCCCCAAAAAAAACAGUGUUUGAAAUUCAAAUUCAAUUUCCGGUGGCACUCAUCUACUUCCAUACUCUUUUAUCAUUUCCAGUAGGCAGAGACUGAAUGAACUGAAAGCUCCUCCUACCCAAAAACGACUCGUCUCUGGUUCUGACAUGCUUUCCACAUACCCUAGGAAAAUGCACAUGAUGGAAAAUGUUACUUUUUUUUUUUUUACUGAACACAAAUAGCAAUUAUUUGUAACUGUGGUUGUGAGUAGAAAACGGACAAUAUUAUAUUGAGGUGUAGAAGAAUGAUUUAGUUCCAUGAACAUCAUCUUCCUCACUUUGGCAACACCCAAUCACGUGUGAAAUUAUAUGUACAUAAUUUCAUAAGUCUAUGUAUAAGUGUACAGUAUUGGUAGAAUCUGUUACAUAUUGAUUCUGUGACUAGGUAAGUUUAUUUGGAGAUUUUUUUUUUUUUUGUUAUAAUGCUUGAACAAAUGAAAUGGGCUUUUAACUUACUGGCGGUAAUAGACGUCCAAUCCAUUUUGACUAGAAGUCUAUCAAAUUGGAUUGGACGUCUAUCGCCGUCAAUGGCAGUAAAAUGUGAUAGCUGAAUUCCAGCCAUCCCAGUUGAAAUGGAUUUGACUGUCAAUUGUAGUGAAUGAGUUGGGGAAAAAAUAUGGCCUUUAAAGACAGAAUUAUUAGUAAUUUAGGAAUUGCUUCUAGAAACAGGGUUGUAUUUUUAUCAGCCCGAAAAUUCACUGUUCAGCCCAAAAUUCAUAUUUUUCCAUCCCCCUCAAAAUUCUGAUCAUUCAACCCUAUACAUUGAAAUUAAUCAUAUAAUUCUCAUCGUCACUGAUUGAAAAAGAUCUCUAUUAGCAGUCAUUAUUUUUUGGACCAAAAACGGGACAAGAUGUGGCCCAAAAAAUGCCCCAAAAUCAACAGAAAGUGGCCCCCAAAAUCGACAAAAUUGACCUGGAAUCGCUCCAAAAUUAAUACAUUGAAAUUGCUCAUUUAAUUGUCAUUGUCAGUGAUAAACUGAAAAAAACGUCUGUAUUGGUGGUCAUUAUUUUUGAUCAAAAAACAGGAUGGGAAAUGGCCCAAAAAUGCCCAAAAUUGACUGCAAGUGGUCCCCAAAAUCAACAGAAACCGACCUGGAAUCGCUCCAAAAUUAGUGCAUUGAAUUUGCUCAUUUAUUUGUCAUUGUCACUGGCCCAGGUGGCCCCCAAAUUCACCAAAAUCAACAGAAACUGACCUGGAAUUGCGCCAAAAUCAAUGCAUUGAAAUUGCUCAUUUAUUUCUCAGUUUCACUGAUUAACUGAUUGACUAACAUCUCUAUUGGCGGUAAUUAUUUUUUACCAAAAACAGGACGGGAAAUGACCCAAAAAUGCCCCAAAAUCAACAGAAACCGACCUGGAAACACUCCAAAAUCUUUGCAUUGAAAUUACUCAUUUAUUUCUCAUUUUCACCGAUAAACUAAUUGAAAAAGAUCUCUAUUGGUGGUCAUUAUUUUUGACCAAAAACAUGAAGUGACCCAAAUUCGCCCCAAAUCAACAGAAAGACCUGGAAUCGCUCCAAAAUUAGUGCAUAGAAUUUGCUCAUUUAUUUGUCAUUGUCACUGAUUAACUAAUGAAAAACAUCUCUAUUUGUGGUCAUUAUUUUUUUACCGAAAACAGGACAGGAAUUGACCCCAAAAUGCCCCAAAAUCGACAGAAGGUGGUCCUCAUAUUCACCCAAAUCAACAGAAACUGACCUGGAAUUCUGCCAAAAUUAAUGCAUUGAAAUUGCUCAGUUAUUUCUCAGUGAAUAACAUCUCUAUUGGCGGUCAUUAUUUUUUUUACCAAAAACAGGACGGGAAAUGACCCAAAAAUGCCCCAAAAAGACAAAAACCGACCUGGAAUCACUCCAGAAUUUUUGCAUUGAAAUUGCUCAUUUAUUUCUCAUUUUCACCGAUUAACUAAUGAAAAACAUCUCUAUUAGUGGUCGUUAUUUUUGACCAAAAACAUGAAGUGACCCCCAAAUUACCCAGAAACCGCUCCAAAAUUAAUGCAUUGAGAUUGCUCAUUUGUUUCUCAUUAUCACCAAAUAACUGAUUGAAAAACAUCUCUAUUGGUGGUUAUUAUUUUUUUACCAAAACAGAACAAGAAGUGACCCAAAAAUGCCCCAAAAUCAACAUAAAGUGGCCACCAAAUUCCCCCAAAUCAACAGAAACUGACCAGGAAUUGCUCCAAAAUUGAUAGGAAGUGACUUGAAAUUGCUCCAAAUCUUCUUUUAAUUGACAUUCCCGCCAUUUCUAGUUAUGACUUACAUUUAUAAAGCUACUUUCAAGGAACCUCUAAACAGCAACUGCAGCUUACUUGGAAACAAAAUAAAAUGCUGGUUAUGUUGUCUUACUUCAUUUCAACGGGUAAAUGCUAAACACAAUCUAUCGGAUUAUGUUAAUGAGUCCUGACUAACUUUUUGAAUGAUCAUCUAAGUCACUGGUGAUUUAAAAAAAUGAAUUACUAGUCUUUCCUUGUAGUGGGAUACCUCAAUAUUGUUCCUUAUUGUAUAAAUGCCAUUGCUUUACCUGAGCAAUUCCUUGAAAGCUCGUACAAUCUCCUGUGAGCUACAUUUAGGACCAUACAAAAUCACUUUUAAUCAUUCCUGAUUUUUUAACCAUAUUUAAUGAUUCCAUUUUUUUUUAAAUUGAAGUCUUUGGCAGUUGUGUGUUCCAUAUUACAUCAUUUCCAUUUUACAGUAAAAUGCUUUUGUGAUUGUAAUGAAUAAAAUGCAAUCAAUUUCAACAGAAUCGUUUUCAUAUUAGUAUAAAUUUGUAUGAAAGACGUCCGAUCACAUGGCUUUUAAUUGGAUGUCUAGUGCUGUCAAUGGCACCCAGUGAGUUAAACAAUAAAAACUGUUCUCCCUCAGGCAAGGAUGUACUCCCACCAGUGAGUUUAUCUCUAGUAGACGUUCAAUCCAUUUGAAGUGGGAGGAUGGCAGCGAAUAAACUCAUUCGCUGCUACCCUCCCACUUCAAAUACAUCUGACAUCUAUUCGCGUCAAUGGCAACAAAUGAGUUAAUGGCACAUGUUUUGACGUUGAGUGGGAAAAGAGUAUAAACUUAGUAGAAAAAUGGUUAAA